AUGGCAGACUCGACAGUUCAUACUUACAAGCAUCAUCUCAACGCUGUUUUGGCCUAUCGGCCGCUGAGCUGGCAUGGUUUACUCAUCUUCACCCUAGACAACCCCUUCGUCAAGCGUUCGUCGUAUCAGCGCAGCUCAAUCUGGGCUUACCAGGCUGCCAGCACGAUCUCCUGGCUGCUCGUCGUUGGCUUUGGCAUCUACUCGGGCACUCAUCGCAAGCACCACGGCACGCCGGAGAAGGGGGAUGGCGAUGCCCUCCAGGCCCUCGCUCACGACGACCACCUCAAUGCCUUCUCCCAGACCAAGGUCGUCACUGGUAUAUACUGGAUAAUUCUGCUCAUUUCUCAGCUGGGUUAUAUCGGUCAGCUCUGGAGCUCAGAUGAACAGCACGUUACUACGGCCGCCAAUGUGGCUCCGUACUUUGUGCUCAAUAACCUCUUCGUUCUGGCCUUUACCUUGCUCUUCACGCAUGCUAAGUUCUGGUGGGCUGAGGUCUUUGAUAUCUUCAGCUUGAUCAACCAGGCCACUCUCUACUGGAGCUUCCCAGGCCUGCACCCAUUCAUCCACCUGCCAGUUGUAGCUGGACCAUAUGCCUGGUCUCUGCUCACCCUCUUCUGGAACGGUGCCGUAGCUGUUGGCAGCAACAGUACCCCCUUGAGACUCGUGGCCAAUGUCUUCAUCUGGGUAUUCUUCGUCUAUGGACAGGCUCACAUUGUCAUCCGUAACGAUCAGUACCUCGGAUACGCCCUCAGUUUGCUUACCUUCUGUAAAUCCCCCCCACCACCCAUUCCAGUUUUAAAACAAGAAUAUAAGGCGCUGACUCUGACUUCUCUAGCUCUCUCGCUCAAGCAACUGGCUAUCAAGAUCAUCUCUCUGCAGUGGAUCUUUGCCUUUACCAUCUUCGGUAUCUUCGCUGCUUCUUCACUCUACAGUACUGUUACCAACUUCCUCGGCCUCAACUUCUUCCUCAUUCCCCACGAGGAGCCAGAACAAGGUGACCGUGAGCGUGAGCCUCUUCUCACAAACGAGUAA